UGUGCGGACAGCGGACGUGUCAUGAUGUGUGUGCCUUCCCAGCAGCCAGCAGUUGGACGGGCAGAGGGGCCAGGGCACAGACAGGACCACUCAGACUUCCCGUCAAGCGGACGUUCAAAUGCUGCCUCGAACGCUGAGUGAUUAUUAGCACGCUUGCGUUUUGUACCUCAGGACUCUUUUGUGGCUGAAACAAGCAAAGUCAUGCGUCGCGUGGCAGCCCUGAUCACUUUUCUGACAUGCACGGUGCUGUCGCAGAGCGAGCAUCAACCGGGCUACUGCGCUUUCUACGAGGAGUGCGGCCGCAACCCUUUGGUGGGAGCGGCCCUCAUCCCUCCCAUCGUCCCCUGCCGAAAUUACAGCCGAGCCCGGGAGCUGACGGGAAACCACUACCGCAAACUCAAAGAGGUGUGCCCCGUGUUGGAUAAGGGCGUCGGCAGCACAUUUGCCUGUUGCUCCAUGAAGCAGCUGUCAUCCCUGGAAAUAAGUUUGACUUUGUCCAAGGCCCUGCUGGUGCGCUGCCCUUCUUGUGCUGAAAACUUUGCCCACCUGCACUGCAUCAACACCUGCAGCCCGAACCAGAGCCAGACAGUCAAAGUCACAAAGGUCAUGAAUGUUACCAACAACCUGGGAAUAACCAGAGAGGCCGUGGUGGAGUACCAGGCGUACCUCACCACCAGCUUUGCGGACACCGCCUUCCAGUCGUGCCAAAAUGUCCGAAUCCCCGCCACGGGAGGCUUCGCCAUCGCCACCAUGUGCGGCCGCUACGGCGCCAAGCUCUGCACCCCCCAGCGCUGGUACGACUUCCAGGGGGACUCUAGCAACGGUCUGGCUCCUUUGGACAUUGAUUUCAGACUCAUAAACGAGGGAGAAACAGAGGGAGUGCCCGAAGGUGUGAUUCCCUACAGGGGGCGAGCCUUUAGGUGCAAUGAGACCACGCCGUCCGGAGGUCAGGUGUGCUCGUGCCAGGACUGCAAAGGAUCGUGCCCUGCCGUUCCACCUCUCCCGCUGCCACCGGGACCCUUCCGACUUUUGGGCACGGACGGCUUGCUUGUCAUUUCUAUCAUCUUAUUCUGUCUCCUCGUAUUUUCUUUCCUCUUCUUUCUCUUGGUCUCUUGUCAUGUCGAGUCACAGAAGAAGCAGGAUGAAGAAAAAGAGAAGAGGAAAAGCAAAGAUCAGAACUGUAACGAGGUCAAUCAGCGGCUCAUUCGUCCGUCGGAGGUGACGUGCGCCGACAAGAACAGCAUGGCCGCUCAGGCCUUCCUAAGCUCCGUCUUUCAGACGUGGGGAACACUCAUGGCGACUUAUCCCCUCACGGUGCUCCUGGUAUCAGCGGUCGUCGUGGCGGCGUUUGCCGCCGGCCUCAUGUCCAUCGAGCUCACCACCGACCCAGUGGAGCUCUGGUCGGCUCCCGACAGCCGAGCCCGUCGGGAGAAGGAUUUCCACGAUAAACACUUCGGCCCGUUCUUCAGGACCAACCAGUUGAUCUUGACAGCGCCGGGCAGAAAAGGACACAUUUAUGAUUCUUUGCUCUUUGGAGCGCAGAACUUCAGUGGCCUCGUCUCCAAAGAGCUCAUUAUUGAGAUGCUGCUUCUCCAGAAACAAAUACAGAACAUUGAGUUCUGGUCAGAGGACCUAAAUCGCACAGCAAGCCUGAAGGACGUGUGUUUUGCACCGCUGAACCCCAACAACUCCUCCCAGACGGACUGUGCAGUCAACAGUCUGCCACAAUACUUCCAGAACAGCCUGGACAACAUCAAUGCCAAGGUCAACAUGACUAAGUUGGGGGAGACCAAAGAGGUAGACUGGAGAGACCACCUCAUCUACUGCCUCAACUCGCCUCUGUCGUUCAAAGACAGCACCAAAUUGGGACUGAGCUGCAUGGCUGACUAUGGCGCUCCAGUCUUCCCUUUCCUGGCUGUCGGCGGCUACCAGGGGGACGAGUACACCGAGGCGGAGGCCUUCAUUUUGACCUUCUCCCUCAACAACUAUCCCCGGACCAACGUCAAGUAUAACGUGGCCAUGCAGUGGGAGAAUGAAUUUCUGAAAAUUGUCCAAGAUUACCAGAGAGACCCGACGGCCAACUUCACGUUUGCAUACAUGGCAGAGAGGUCUCUGGAGGAUGAGAUCAAUCGGACGACAGCGGAGGACAUUCCCAUCUUCAUGAUCAGCUAUGCUGUAAUCUUCGUUUACAUCGCUGUCGCUCUGGGGGAGUAUUCUUCAUGGAGACGCAUAUUGGUGGACUCCAAGUUUCUGGUUGGUCUCGGCGGGAUCUUGGUGGUGGCGUGCUCGGUGCUGGCGUCCAUGGGCUUCUACUCUUGGAUUGGCAUUCCCUCCUCGCUGGUCAUCCUGCAGGUCGUGCCCUUCCUGGUGCUCGCCGUCGGAGCCGACAACAUCUUCAUCUUUGUUCUGGAGUACCAGAGAGAUGUGCGGAAGCCUGGCGAGAAAAGAGAGCAGCAGAUAGGCCGUGUGCUUGGAAACGUCGCUCCCAGCAUGCUCCUGUGCAGUCUCUCGGAGUCCGUCUGCUUCUUUCUAGGGGCCCUGUCCACCAUGCCCGCGGUGAAGACCUUCGCUUUGUACGCCGCUCUGGCUGUGCUCAUGGACUUUGUCCUCCAGAUGACAGCGUUUGUGGCGUUGCUGUCGCUGGAUGCUCGACGGCAAGACAACAACCGCUGCGAGCUGCUCUGCUGCGUCACCGUGGCGACUCAGAAAUCCGACAAGCCCUACGAGGGCUUCCUCUUGCCCCUCAUGAGGAAGUAUUACGCCCCCGUGCUGCUGAACCGUUACAUGAGAUUCACCGUGAUGGUGGUGUUCCUCUUCAUGUUCAGUGGUUCUGUGUACCUCAUGUUCAAUGUGACAGUAGGUCUGGAUCAGGAGCUGGCUAUGCCCAAGGGCUCGUAUAUGCUGGAUUAUUUCCAGUAUUUAUACAAAUAUUUGGAAGUCGGCGUGCCGGUUUAUUUUGUGACAAAACCAGGCUUCAAUUUUACCACGGUGGAGGGCAUGAACGCUGUGUGUUCCAGCGUGGGCUGCGACCAGUUCUCUCUGACUCAGAAGAUUCAAUAUGCCGCCAAUCACCCUGAACUAUCAUAUAUUGGCAUCUCUGCAAACUCCUGGGUGGACGAUUUCAUCGACUGGCUGAACCCGGGAUCCAGAUGUUGUCGACUUUAUAGCUUUGGUCCGAAUGCUGGAAAGUUCUGUCCUGCAGACAAAUCUUCUUUGAUCUGUGGACGUAAGUGUGUGCCGAAGCCCCCGAACAGCGUCCUCCGACCCACCGUGGAACAGUUCAAUCGCUUUCUCCCGAAGUUUUUGGGUAAUAGGCCUGACCUGCAGUGUCCCAAAGGCGGACUGGGAGCAUAUGACACGGCUGUGGUGAAAGACGACAGGGGAGAAAUUAUCGCCUCUCGCUUCAUGGCCUACCACACACCUCUGAGCAACUCUCAGGAGUUCACGGCAGCACUCCUGAGGGCCAGAGAGCUGGCCUCCGACAUCACUGAGGGCAUGAAGAGGAUAAAUGGAACCUCUCCGGACUUUGAAGUCUUCCCAUACACGGUGACCAACGUUUUCUACGAGCAGUACCUGACCAUCGUGCCGGAGGGCCUCCUCAACAUCUCACUGUGUCUGCUGCCAACAUUCAUCGUGUGCUGUCUGCUCCUGGGCUUGGACCUGCGCUCCGGCCUGCUCAACCUCAUCACCAUCGUCAUGAUCACCGUGGACACCGUUGGGGUCAUGACACUCUGGGAAAUCCAUUACAACGCAGUGGCCCUGAUCAACCUGGUUACAGCAGUGGGCAUCUCCGUGGAAUUCGUGUCGCACAUGACGAGAUCGUUCGCGCUCAGCAUGAAGCCCUCUCGUGUGGAGCGAGCGAAGGAGGCCACCGCCAACAUGGGCAGUGCAGUGUUUGCUGGCGUUGCUAUGACCAACCUGCCCGGCAUCCUUGUGUUGGCCUUUGCCAAAGCCCAACUCAUCCAAAUCUUCUUCUUCCGCCUCAACCUGGUCAUUACACUUUUGGGAAUGGCUCACGGACUCAUCUUCCUCCCCGUGGUGCUUAGCUACUUUGGGCCUGGUGUGAAUAAAGCCGUGCUGCUGCAGAUCCAGCAGGCGCAAGCCAAGACCCACCCGGAACUGGAGCUGACAGACCACAUGAGACAAUUCUAUGAUAACAUGUGCUACGAGGUGACGGAGGAGCCGCACUCCGACGCCGCGGAGGCUCCAGAAUACAAUAAAGGCCAAGCACCCAAUAGGCAACACAAACAGGAAGAGGAGAAAAUUGACUUUUUUUGAGCUCCAACAACAACAAAACUAUUUAUUAUCAAGCUCCGAAGAGUAAAUAAAUACCCCAAACUGGAGAUGGACCAGCAAUAGCAAAUAGAUGGCAAGGGAGGGAGGGUGUAUUUAGCUCCAUAUGGAAAUCAUUAACCUGACUGAGUGCCUCCAUUAUAGGUGGACAAGUAAGCCGAACACAACUACACAGUUGUGUCAUGGACUAGCUUUACACCAAUAAGACUUUUGCGAAGAGAGUUAAUACUUGCAGCAUCUCCCCACUAGCAAUGCAGUGUUGUUUUUUCACUUUUUAACGUGCGUCAGGACAAGAAGUGGACACGACACGUUCUUCAGUUUUUUACUUUUAUGGAAUGUAAUUAUUUUGUCUCUAUACUUAAUAGUGCACUGUUUGGCAUUAAAUGAACACACUCCAGCAUUUUCUCAAACUGCAAUUUGAAAGCAUAAGUUGGACUUUGCACUUUUUGUUCCUGUGUUGCAGGAGCUUUUUAAUUAUGGUAUGCAUUGUCACUUACAGACUUUAAUGUAUGUACUUUGUGAGGCAGAAAAUAAAUAUACUUUUACACCCAAAUUAUUCCACACUGGCAACGUUUUGUUCUGCCUUCAAGAGGCAACAUUUGCAAAGGUAACUUGUUUUCCUGG